AUGCAAAUGAGAUGCAAAUCCGGCAGGCUGGGCUGCGCCCCCGGCCCCGCCGCCUGCUCCCCGACACCGCGCUCCCCCGAGGACUGCCGGCGCCUGCGGACCUGCAGCGAGUGCCUGGCCCAGCACCCCCACGCCCUGCGGCACGGCGUCCCGGCCCCCCCGCAGUGCAAGUGGUGCACCAACUGCCCCGAGGGCGCGUGCAUCGGCAGCGGCGGGAGCUGCACGUCGGAGAACGACUGUCGCAUCAACCAGCGCGAGAUCUUCGCCGCCGCCAACUGCUCCGAGGUGUCGUGCGAGGCCUCCGACUGCCCCAAGUGCACGGCCUCCGGCAAGUGCAUGUGGACGCGCCAGUUCAAACGCACCGGCGAGACGCGGCGCAUCCUGAGCGUGCAGCCCACCUACGACUGGACGUGCUUCAGCCACUCGCUGCUCAACGUGUCCCCCAUGCCCGUGGAGUCGUCGCCCCCCCUGCCCUGCCCCACGCCCUGCCACAACCACAGCUCCUGCCCGCUCUGCCUGGCCUCCAAGGGGGCGGACGGCGGCUGGCAGCGCUGCGUCUGGAGCGUCAGCCUGCAGCAGUGCAUGAGCCCCAGCUACGUCCCCCUGCGGUGCGCGGCCGGGGCGUGCGGGCGGCUGCUGCGGGGGCCGGAGAGCUGCACCCCGGGGUGCGCGGGGGCCCCCCAGUGCUCCCGCUGCCUCCGCCAGCCCCGCUGCGGCUGGUGCGCCCGCCGUGGGCACAACGGCAGCGGCCGCUGCCUGGAGGGAGGCCUGCACGGCCCCCGCCACGGGCUGGCGCAGGCGUGCGGGGCGGAGGCGGAGUGGGCGUUCCUGGGCUGCCCCCCCGAGAACGAGUGUCUCAACGGGCACCACGACUGCAACGAGACCCAGGACUGCCACGACCUCCCGCACGGCUACCGCUGCGCGUGCAAGAGCGGCUACACGCUGGACAACGCCACGGGGCUGUGCCGGCCGGUGUGCGAGCAGGGCUGCGUGAACGGGACGUGCGUGGAGCCCAACCGCUGCCGCUGCCACUUCGGCUACGUGGGGCACAACUGCUCGGUGCAGUGCCAGUGCAACGGGCACAGCCAGUGCCGCGGCCCCGCCGCCCGCGACCAGUGCCUCCAGUGCUUCAACAACACCAAGGGCCCGCAGUGCGAGCGGUGCCGGCCCCUCUUCGUGGGCUCGGCGCGGGCGGGGGGCUCGUGCCGGCCGUGCCGCAGCUUCUGCCGCCACAACGCCGCCGUCUGCAUCUCGCGGGAGGAGUACGAACGCGCCCGCCGCGACCCCGCGCGCUUCCCCCUCGAGCCCGCCAUGAUCCCCACGUGGGUGUCGGAGGGGCCGAGCGAGGAGGCGGCCGUCUGCGUCAACUGCCAGAACAACAGCGUGGGCGAGCGCUGCGACGGCUGCCGGCCCGGCUUCUUCCUGCUCGACGGCGCCUGCACCAAGUGUCAGUGCAACGGGCACGCGGACACGUGCAACGAGCUGGACGGGACGGGGUGUCCCUGCCAGAACAACACCGAGACCGGCAGCUGCCAGGGCGGCAGCCCCGCCGACAAGAAGGACUGCUACAAGCAGCAGUGCGCCAAGUGCCGCGACUCGUUCCACGGGCACCCGGUGGGGGGGCAGCAGUGCUACCGGCUGAUGGCGGUGGAGCAGGAGUACUGCCUGGACCCCACCUCGCAGAGCAACUGCUUCCACCAGCCGCAGCUCCAGCACCUGGGGCCCGGCCGCACCGUCCUCUUCGGCGUCCAGCCCAAGUUCACCAACGUCGACAUCCGCAUCACGCUGGACGUCACCUUCGGCGGCGUCGACCUUUUCGUCUCCACCGCCUACGACACCUUCGCCGUCGACGUCGACCCCGCCACCGGCCGCCACGUCGUCCGCCUCCAGACCCCCCACGCUUCCUCCGCCGCCGCCGCCGCCAACGCCAACGCCACGCGGCUGCGGGAGGAACGCGCCGGCGGGCUGGUGACCUACCUGACGGUGCGGGAGGCGGCGGCGGCGCUGGUGGUGCGGGGGGUGCGGGACCGGCUGGUGCUGACCUACCCCCACGCCCUGCACCCCCUCAAGUCCAGCCGCUUCUACCUGCUGCUGCUGGGGGUGGGGGGCCCGCGGGGCGGCCCCUCGCAGGGGCUGCUCUUCUUCCGCCAGGACCAGGCCCACAUCGACCUCUUCGUCUUCUUCUCCGUCUUCUUCUCCUGCUUCUUCCUCUUCCUCGCGCUCUGCGUCCUGCUCUGGAAGGCCAAGCAGGGGCUGGACGCCCGCCACGAGCAGCGCCGGCACCUCCAGGAGAUGAGCAAGAUGGCGAGCCGCCCCUUCGCCAAGGUCACCGUCUGCUUCGAACGGGGGGCGCCCCCCGGACCCCCUUCCCGACGACGACCCCCGCUUCCCGCCGGCGCCCCGCUCCCCCCCCAGCCCGGCGCGGGGCCGGUGACGCUGGAGCCCACCGAGGACGGGGUGGCGGCGGUGGCCACGCUGCUGCUGCAGCUGCCGGGGGGGCCGCGGGGUCCCCACCGAGCCGCCCUGGCCUCGGCCCUGGUGACGCUGCGGCAGGGGCUGCAGGAGUACGGGGGGGGGGCCCCCCGGCGCGCAAGGGGGGGCUGGCGCACGAGCUCACCUCCAUGGCGCUCUGAG